AUGAAGACCCAGUACAACUGGUCUGCAAAGUCUAUUCUCCUCAGCAUGUCAAACAGAUCUCUCAACGCCAGUGAAAUGCCAGAGGAGUGGGAUGAGGGGACGCUGCUAGGCCUGAAGGUUUCGCUUGCCGCCAUCUUGGCUGUGAUCACUCUGGCGACGAUGCUCUUCAAUAUGUUUGUGAUCAUCACCAUCAUUCUGACCAGGAAACUCCACACUCCUGCAAAUUACCUCAUUGGCUCUUUGGCCGCCACAGACCUUUUAGUGUCCAUCCUGGUCAUGCCAAUCAGCAUUGCUAACACCAUUAGCCACAAAUGGAACUUUGGCCAAAUCAUGUGCGACAUCUGGUUGUCCUCAGACAUCACCUGCUGUACGGCCUCCAUCUUGCACCUUUGCGUGAUUGCCUUGGACCGGUACUGGGCCAUCACGGAUGCUCUCGAAUAUACCAAGCGCCGGACUGCCAGCAGAGCUGCCUUGAUGAUCACUGUGGUUUGGGUCAUUUCCAUCUGCAUCUCCAUGCCGCCCCUUUUCUGGAGACAGGCCAAAGCUCAAGAAGAAAUACUGCAGUGCGUCGUGAAUACGGAUCAGAUCUCCUACACCAUUUACUCCACCUGCGGCGCCUUCUAUAUCCCAACGGUGCUGCUCAUCAUCCUCUACGGUAGGAUUUACGUGGCCGCUCGAUCCCGGAUUCUUAAGCCGCCAUCACUGUACGGGAAGCGAUUUACCACGGCCCACCUGAUCACUGGCUCAGCAGGCUCCUCCCUCUGCUCCCUCAGCUCAAACCUUCAGGAAGGGCAUUCUCAUUCCAGCAGCUCCCCAGUAUUAAUCAACCACGUAAGGAUCAAAGUCGCCGAUAGCAUCCUGGACAGGAAACGGAUUUCGGCAGCCCGGGAAAGAAAAGCCACAAAAACUCUGGGGAUUAUUUUAGGAGCGUUCAUUUUCUGCUGGCUCCCGUUCUUUGUGGUGUCUUUAGUCCUGCCUAUCUGUCGCGAAGCUUGCUGGUCUCAUCCCAUUCUGCUUGACAUUUUCACAUGGCUAGGCUACCUGAACUCACUAAUCAACCCCGUGAUAUAUACUGCCUUUAACGAAGACUUCAAACAGGCUUUUCAGAAAAUGAUUCGGUUUAAGAAGUGCUCCUAG